UAAUGGAAAUCAAGGUUUGUGUCAUAUUUGUUUCGCUGGUAAUCGGUGUCAACUGCAAUCAAAGGAAUGUUCAGUUUGCAGAGGAUACUGCUCUUUCGGGCUUCAAAUGUUCAGCUACGGAACAAAUUGGCGAUGUAAUUCUGGCACAGUCUAUUCUGAUGUGCACUCGCGUAUGCGCUAGAACCGACGGCUGCAAGUCGGUAUUUUACAAACAUUCUGAAUGCGUUAGAUGCCGUUCUCGAUACAGGAAGGCUGGCGAUGCAAGGCUGAUGCCUAUGGCGGGAAGUGUCAGCUACAGAACCGUUGUGCGCUGUAAUCCGGGAUGGCUGUCGCUCCUGGACUCGUGCUAUCUGUGGAAUUCGUCCACACUGAUGACCUUUAAUCAAACAAAGGAUUAUUGCUCGAGUCUUGGUGUUAGUGCGCACGUCCUGUAUAUUGAUUCGGCCGAGGAAAAAGAUGUCGCUUCAAACUUCCUGCCAGAAAUUGCCGUAUCUGACAGAAAGGCUUGGAUAGGCAUCCAGUUGAAAAAUAAAACGUGGAUCUCGUCCAUUGACGGCAAAUUGGUUGCGUACUUUAAUUGGGCGUUGGGUGAGCCGGAAAAUUUCGGAGAAGAUUGCGCUUUCACGAGUGGACCUGCCCUAUGGCGAUGGGGAGAUGCUACGUGUACCGGUCUAAGACAGGUCGUCUGUGAAAGAGACAUGUAG